AUGAAUCUAGACAGAUGGUACUUUGCUGUACUUAGUAAUGAUAGUCUUGUCCUUGUUGCUGAAGGCGUGAGAUCUCUGUUCGAAGAGAACCGUAGAACUGGUUUUGGUAUUUGUGCUGGAGUGGAUCUUAACAGAAAUCAUGCAUUCAACUGGGGAACUGCAUCCAGCAACUCAGCUUGCCAGGAUACCUUCCAUGGUCCCAGUGCCUUCUCUGAACCAGAAACUCAAAUGAAAAGAAACAUAAUAAAUCAAUACAGAAGCCGUAUCGCACUCUACAUAGACGUUCACAGCUACGGCAGCAUGAUUCUUUUUGGCUUUGGCAACAGACAACUUCCCUCUAAUGCCUUAUUACUAAACCUAGUUGGCGUUCAAAUGGCUCAAAGAAUUGACGCAGUUAAAUGGCCUAGUCAUCGCAAUUACAGAGUUGGUAAUAUUGUAGCAGUUUUAGGGUACACGGCCUCAGGUGGUUCCAGCGAUUACGUCCAAACAAUGAUCGGCAGCCGUCUUUCUUAUACUUUUGAACUACCAGCUUAUAGAGGUCAAGGUGGCUUGAAUGGUUUCCUAGUUGAACCUGCUUUUAUCCGUCAAGCUGGUGUGGAAACUUGGGAGGGUAUCAAAGAAGGUGCCCGUUAUGUUAUUCGGAACAGACUGACUCUGAUGAAUGAUGAAAUCGCAAAUGAAUAA